UUGUUUUUUUUGAAUUGGUCUUUUUUAGAUUUCCAUAUAUAUAUAAAAAGCAGGUUGUUAUUUGGCGCUCUUAAUCGUCCUCCCUCCCUCCCUCACUAACUAAUCAUACUCCUUUCUCCAAAAAUCACAACCACUUCACGUACACAGAUCUCCAUCCGCCAUGAGCAAGCUCAGCAUGGUGGAAGCCACGCUGCCUCCAGGCUUCAGGUUCCACCCUAGGGACCAUGAGUUGAUAUGCGAUUAUCUCUCCAUCAAGGUGCACUUCUCCGAUUCAUCCCCUACUCUAGAUCUCCUCCAUGAAGUUGAUCUCAACAAGUGUGAACCCUGGGACCUUCCUGCGUGUGUGGGGAGUAAGGAGUGGUACUUUUAUAGCCAACGAGACCGUAAAUAUGCGACGGGACUACGGACAAACAGGGCGACGGUAUCAGGAUACUGGAAAGCAACCGGAAAAGACAGAUGUAUCCCUGCAGGGAAGCGUAGGCAGGUUGUUGGUAUGAGGAAGACGCUGGUUUUCUACGUGGGAAGGGCUCCCAAAGGAAACAAAACCGAUUGGGUGAUGCACGAAUUUAGGCUCCAUGGCCCCCUUGCCCUUCCACUUGAUCAACCUUCUUUCAAGGAAGACUGGGUGCUGUGUAGAGUGUUUUGUAAGAAUAGGGAAAUAGUUGGUGGAAAAGAAAUUAGCAACAAAGGAAGAGAUAAUGAAGCAAGCUGUUGUUCAUCUCUACCACAAUUAACAGAUCCUUAUAUGAUGUUUACCGAGCAAGUGCCCUGCUUCUCCAAUAUUUUGAAUCCCCAAUCUGACCUAAUCGUUAACAAUAGUGACAUUAAUAAGCUCCCAAACGACGCUACUACUAGUACUAGUACCUACAUACCACCACCCAGGCCUAGCCUUAUAAUCCCUUCAUCAUCACCCUGCUUUGGUGAGAAGAAAGACAUGAUCAAAGCCAUUUUGAGUCGAUUUAACAGCGUCGACAAUCACAACGACUCAAUGCUAAGCUUUGGUGAAGGGAUUUCCGAUCAAAGCUUCUUGUCGGAUGCAGCUUUGCCUGUUACCAUGUGGUACCCUUGAUAUUAUUUGUGUUAGUAAUGACCUUUUUAUUGUUCUUGUUAUGUGUAACUUUACUCUAAACAAUUAAUUUUAUACAAAAUGGCAAUGUA